AUGCUCUUUUCUUCCCCUUCUCCUUCUUCUUCUUCUUCUCCCUCCACACUUUCCUCGUCAUUACACCCUAAUCUUCCUACCAAUCCCUUCAUGACCCCGGGGCUCCACGCCGCCGACCUGCGGCGGAUCUUCCACCGGCUCGACCGCAACGGCGACGGCCUCCUCAGCAUCGAAGAGCUCGGCUGGCUCCUCGACCGAAUCGGACCCCUCCAACACUUCACCAGCGACGAGCUGGAGUCCUCCGUCGGGAAAUCCGCCCUCGAUUUCGACGAGUUCCUCGCCUUCUGCCGCUCGAUCGAGGGCGGCGGCGGCGGCGAAUCGGCGGCGGCGGUGGAGAGGGAUCUGGAAGAGGCGUUCCGAGUGUUCGACCUAAACGGCGACGGAUUGAUAACGAGCGAGGAGCUGCAGAAGGUGCUGUCGAGGUUGGGGCUGUGGGACGAGACAACGGGGAAGGACUGCCGCCGGAUGAUUUCGCCCUACGAUUCCAAUCUCGACGGCGCGCUUGACCUUGAAGAGUUCAAGAACAUGAUGCUCCAAACGACGCCGUCCUCAGCAUCCGCCUAG